CUGAAGUCUUUUCAGUUGAUAAACGCUCGUGCUCAACUCAACAUCAUUGCCGCGAGAACUCGUUUCCCAUUAACUAUAAUAAAGUAUACAACGAGUGGCAAUUGGUUUAUUGUGUGUGCUGUUGUAAAAUUGAAUUUGUUUUGUGUCAUAAAAGCUAGUAUUGUAUUGUAUUCUAUAUAGAACAAAGUGUGCACUUAUAUACUGUGCCAGCAUUUAUUACUAACAUGGAUAAUAAUUUGGAAAAUCAAAAAUUGGUGAAGGGUAUUUCGGAAAUAAAAUUGGAUAAACUCGAUCCGAAUGUAUCGAUCGAUAUGGAAGCGCCAGAGUUCAGGGAAUUUGCAAAAUCUAUGGUUGAUUAUAUCGCCGACUAUUUGGAGAAUAUACGAGAUAGACGUGUUCUUUCCGAUGUGAAACCUGGCUAUUUGCGUCCUCUUAUCCCUGAUGCUGCACCAGAGACGCCUGAAAGCUGGGAGGAUGUUAUGAAGGACAUUGAACGGGUUAUAAUGCCUGGUGUUACGCACUGGCAUAGUCCUAAAUUUCAUGCUUAUUUUCCAACGGCGAACUCAUAUCCAGCCAUAGUAGCUGACAUGCUGAGUGGUGCUAUUGCUUGCAUCGGAUUCUCUUGGAUUGCCAGUCCUGCAUGCACCGAAUUGGAAGUAGUAAUGUUGGAUUGGUUGGGCAAAAUGAUAGGCUUGCCGAAAGAGUUCUUGGCUUGCUCAGGGGGCAAGGGCGGUGGCGUUAUACAAGGAACAGCUAGUGAAGCUACUUUGGUGGCUCUGUUGGGCGCAAAAGCCAAAAAAAUUGAAGAAAUCAAAAAGCUGCAUCCAGACUGGAGUGAUAAUACAAUUAUUUCAAAGUUGAUUGGUUACAGCUCAUCUCAGGCACAUUCUUCGGUGGAGCGUGCCGGACUUUUGGGUGGUGUUAAAUUGCGUGCAGUGUCAGCAGAUGAAAAUAACAGGCUUCGGGGCGAGACGCUAGAAGCAGCUAUAAAAGAGGAUUUGGAGAAUGGACUUAUACCAUUUUAUGCCGUAGUCACCCUGGGCACCACUAAUUCUUGUGCUUUUGAUCACUUGGACGAAUGUGGUCCUGUUGGCAACAAAUACGGGGUCUGGGUGCACGUGGACGCUGCCUAUGCUGGUGCCGCUUUCAUCUGCCCCGAAUAUCGCCACCUCAUGAAAGGAAUGGAAACAGCUGAUUCGUUUAAUUUUAAUCCCCAUAAAUGGAUGCUGGUGAAUUUUGAUUGCAGCGCUAUGUGGCUAAAGGAUCCCAGUUGGGUGGUUAAUGCGUUCAACGUUGACCCAUUGUAUUUGAAGCAUGACAUGCAGGGUUCCGCCCCCGAUUAUAGACAUUGGCAAAUUCCAUUGGGGCGCCGCUUCCGUGCUUUAAAACUGUGGUUUGUACUACGUUUAUACGGGGUGCAAAAUUUGCAAGCACACAUAAGACGUCACUGCGGCUACGCCACACAAUUUGCUAACCUUUGUAGAGCCGAUAAUCGAUUUGAGAUUGUUGGUGAUGUAAAUAUGGGUCUUGUCUGUUUCCGACUGAAGGGCCCUAAUGAAAGGAAUGAGAAGCUAUUAAAACACAUUAAUGGGCGCGGAAAGAUUCAUAUGGUGCCAAGCAAAAUAAAUGAUAUAUACUUUUUGCGCAUGGCAGUUUGUUCCAGAUUUACUAAGCCAGAGGACAUGGAUUAUUCUUGGAAGGAAGUGAGUGAAGCCGCUGAUGAUAUCUGUAAGGAAUAAAGUAUAAGUAUUAAAAAGGAAGACUUGCAAUAUGCAACAAUAAAUGACUCAUUUAGGGAACGAACCUGAAGAUGUACUUCAAUAGGUUUUACGACAACGAAUGCCUGUGAACAUUCUAUAUAUUCCAUUAGAACGUAAUUACUUAAAAUAUUGUAUUAUUCCUGUUGAUAUUGUGACCAAAACUAUAUACUCAAAGCUUUUAGCGGUUUUGCAUUGUUGUUGUGUUAUUUGCUUAUAAAUAAGCUAUUUAUAUUGUUUUUUCAAAACUCAAGUUCACUCAAAUAAAACUGAGCAAAAAUA